AUGGUCGUCAAUAGCAGCAAGUCGUUUGGACAUGCAGCCGCGAACGAAUAUGAAGAGAACCAAGAUGACGACAUCCCCGCCCAAUUUGAAUUAGACGAGAAUUGUACACAUUACACCUCCUUGAAAGAAGUGCCCUGGGAUCUACAUAAAUACUGGCAGCAGCGUUAUAGCGUGUUCUCACUCUACGACAAUGGUAUCUAUAUGACAGACGAUGCUUGGUUCGGCGUUACCCCUGAACCAGUAGCUACUCAAAUCGCUCAGGACUAUGCCUCUUCUACAUCGCCCACAAAGACAACUAUAAUUGAUCUGUUCGCUGGCGCUGGCGGCAACUCCAUCGCGUUCGCUCUCUCCAACCGUUGGGCCCAUGUCAUAGCCAUUGAGAAGGAUCCCUCGGUUAUCGCCUGCGCUGAAAACAAUGCCUACGUCUAUGGUGCUACAAACAUAACUUGGGUUAAUGGAGACUGUUUCGAGUACCUCAAGACCCACGCCUCUUCUAUUAAUCCUUCAGAAACUGUCAUUUUCGCAUCCCCACCGUGGGGAGGUCCUGGCUAUACCUCUGAAAAUAUUUUCGAUCUGAGUACUAUGCAACCAUAUUCUGUGCAGUAUAUUCACGAGGCAUGUAAGGCAAUGGAUACAGCAUUGUAUCUUCCACGAACCAGCGACCUUAGACAAAUCUCUGCAUUGUUGCCCGAUGGAAAGAAGGUUGAGCUUGUGCAAUAUUGCAUGGAGGGAGCGAGUAAGGCGCUAGUGGCGUAUAUCCCAGCCAUUCAAUGAUAACGAUUUGAUCGGUUUGAUGAAGACUUCGGAGAUCCGGGUGGAGCUGCAAGUCGAGGUGCCUUGAAGCCUGAGGGCUGCAGCAUACAUGCGGUCUAUCAUGUGGGGAUGGUACAAAUUUUUGUUGCAUAUCGGGAAUUCCUGAGGCAAAUGGUGGGAGAAGACUUGGCCACAUGAGCAAAAUGUCGAAAUAUGCAGAUGGCAUCAAGU